AUGAGGAUGAAACAUAAAGCGCCCUGCCUGAUGCUUAGGUUCAUGCCGACAGACAAACACGCCAUCCAUGGGCAACACAAACGGCACAAAGAUAGUUGCGAUGAUUCAUCGAUCGCUUCCAGCACCCGGGUACCACUGGCGCGUAGCUGUUCUAGUCCUGCAGUAUCAUAUGACAUCGAGUCGCAUCCUGCAUCGCACGUUUUUCCGCAUCUGCUGCUUGGCAAUGGUCGAGACGCAAUCGAUCCGUCAACUGUCGGUGCAAACUGUGUGCUGAAUGUCACCUGCCAGCAACCAAGUGGCCAGAUGAAACCGGGCCUCAAGUACAAACAGAUACCGGCCAGCGACACGCCGCACCAAAACAUCAAGCAGUACUUCCAGGAAGCCUUCGACUUUAUCGAGGAAGCCCGGAAAAAGGGAUCGACCGUAUUGCUGCACUGUCAGGCAGGCAUUAGCCGCAGUGCCACGAUCGCGAUCGCAUACGUGAUGCGCUACAAGGGCCUGUCGCUGCUCGAAGCGUACCAGCUGGUGAAGCUAGCCCGCCCAAUAAUUUCGCCCAACCUCAACUUCAUGGGUCAGCUGUUGGAGCUGGAACAGAACCUAAUAGCGGAUGGUAAGCUAGAACCACCGCCACCAUCACCGACGAUGGCUGCCCCACCGCCCAGUCAGCCGCCGUUCUUUCUCAUCGAUAACCGCACCAAGUACAACUCGCUCAACGAGGAGGAGCUGGUGGCCACACGCCGUCAGCUACGCUGUGCGGCUGCCGCUGCUACAACCCAAGACACCAUGGCAGACGAGCGCGAUACGCCGAUGGAUGGGGACGGUGAUGCCGACGACGAUUGCAAGAACAACAACAACCGGGACAGUGGAUGUAGCGUGACCAGCUCUUCCUCAUCCGCCUCGUCCAGCUCAUCAUCCUCGUCGUCCUCCUCGGCAGGCUACCGUAGCGGAUUCAACGGUGGCCGGUUUUUGCCCCCACGGUUAACACUGAAGCUACCAACGACACCGACGUCACCACCCGCGUCUCCGUCGCCCAUUUUUGCGACCUGCUUGUCUUCCGCGUCGUCGUCAUCGUCCUGCUGUUCCACCUCCUCGCUGUCGUCCACACCAUCGCCGACACUUGCCAUAUCGCCGACGAUGGGCGGACAGAUCGGUAUGAGGAAAUCUUCCUACAGCGGACCACCGCACCGACCAUCAAGUCUGGCGACGACAAUCGUGGCCGCGACGAUAGCGAGAGCUGCGGCAUCAACGCCGUCGACAACAACCUGCCACUCGCUGGACGAUCAUCGCAAUGCAAACAGUUCCUGA